AUGAGUACAGCGUGUAAAGUUUCUCUAGCUCUGUUGUGUUUAUUUGCUGUUCCGUCGUUCUUGGUCUUGACAGCAGUGGCGGGCAACAAAACCAAACAAACUUCGAGCAAUAUGGUGAGUCAAUUAACUUUCUGCGCGGGACCAUGCCUGACAUAACUGGAACAAAUGAUAGCCAAAAAACUUCAAGAACAGAACUUUGCGCAAUCCAAUAACUGCUAAAAAGUACUUUUCUGUGAGUAUUUAUCUAGUCUCGGUCGACGUGAAGGAAUGUCCAAACAAUGGAUCGCAUCUUUCAUGACUUUACCAAAGUCUCGCUCCUUAUCAGCAAAAAUCAUUUAGAAAGAGGUUUAGGGAACUUCUUAAAUCCAUCAACAUCAAGUAACUUCGUUUCUCGAUUAAAUUUUAUGUCUUGACCGUAUAUCUAACGAUGCUUUAAUGUAAAGUUUCUCCACAACACUUAACACAACGAGCCAAAUAGAGUUGGGAAACAGGAAACUAAGGGGAAAAAAUAUUUUAAGGUUGUUUGCAGACAUUAUUAUGAAAUAUUCGUCAAAACUUUUUCAGGGGUUUAUUUUCUGAAAGGCUAGUGGGGGAAAGGAAGGUGGUUAAAUUGUUUAAAGUGUGUCAUAAAGAAGGCACAGUACUUUUCUUUCUUUUUCUUUUUUUUUCCCUAGAGGUGGCUAAGCAUCGCCGAUGAGACUAAAUCACUGAGGGAGUUAUUUUGCUCAACGCACAAUGACACUUUUCAAAGUAACUUUUUGUUUUUCUUUCUAGCAAUCUCCCCCAUUCUGCGGGUUUGGUGGUAUUCCAGGCAUGCACGGGUUACCAGGCCGUGACGGACGUGUGGCCGAGAAGGACCGAAAGGUGACCCAGGAAGCCCGGGAAAGACUGGGCCUCGGGGACCUGCUGGUGUAAAUGGAAAAGAUGGUGCCAAAGGAGAGCCUGGUGUACAGGGCCCACCAGGUCCAAAAGGAGAGAGUGGACAAAGUGGACAUCCUGGGAACCCAGGUCUGAUGCCUUUUAAGAACUGGAAAGAGUGCGCAUGGAAUAAAUUAAACGAUGGCAAAGACAACGGAUUAGUAAAGGUAAAUAUUCAAGAUUUAAAUCCAUUUUAUUGGGUUUUCAAUGCCAUCGUCAUUUCUACUUUUAUCUCACCUCCUAUUUAUGACCAAAUGAUCUGCUUUCAUUUUCCCCAAAUUUAGGACUGUGUCUUCACUAAGAACUUUUCUGACACAGCUCUUCGUGUGGCCUGGACUGGUGCCCUUAGAAUCUACAGUUGUACACGCUGUUGCAAACGCUGGUACUUCACUUUCAACGGCGCAGAAUGCUCAGCUCCUCUACCCAUCGACGGUAUUGUGUACAUGUGGCAGGGCAGCACUCAAGAUCUGCACCGCGUUCGCCAUAUUGAGGGACAUUGUAACAACAUUCACAAAGGAAAGGUGCGCGUGGGAUUUUGGGUUGGUAAUUGUCAACAUGGAGGCGCUGGUGAUGCCUACACUGGUUGGUACUCUGUGUCCCGGAUCUUCAUUGAAGAAGUUCCUAAAGCUCAGGCCUAA